AAACAUUUCAGCAAACAAUGAUGAAGAAAACGAGUCUGGCGAUGGAGAAGAAAGCAGUGAAAACGAGCGUGGCUAUGGAGAAGAAAGCAAUGGAGCCGGUACCAUCGCUUAAUACGAAAUACGAGGUGCGCAUAAUUGACGCUAUAAUUGGUACACACAUGGGAGCACCCGGAUACUCGUACCGCGUACGGGUUUGGCCGGAGCAUCUGGAGAUUAUGUUGAAGGAGACAAACUGGGUUAGGUCAGAGACUGGUGAUCCCAAAUUCAAUCAAUCGCUUAUUUUCAACCACCCUUCUCCUAUCUCCACGUUCAUGCUUUCCCUUGAGCUGGUGGAGUCGCCGGAGCCCGAAGGAGUAGAACUUCCUCAGCUUCCUAAUCCUAACUAUCUGAUGUCAUCAGUUAUUGGCACCGGUAGUUCAGUCGUGGUACCAACCGAACCAAAAGAGGAGUUUGUAUUUAUGUUCGACGAAGACCAGAAGGAGACUGGAAGCAUCAACAUUCUUGUUAAGGUCGAGUAAUUACUUUACUACCGAGAAAAAAAGAGUGUUAGUAAAUCUUAAUUAUGAAUAAUGAUGAUCGUAUGUAAGCCGU